AACCAUUAACCCACAAGCCAGAAACGACACGCUGGAGCAGCUGCUAGCGCAGGUCCGAGACUUGCAGGCUCGAGUGGAAGGAAGGAAGACGGGAAGCUCGAGGGGACACCCAUUUUCACAACAUAUUCUAGAUGCCGAUUUGCCUCAAGGGUUCAGGGAGCUUAAUAUCUGGUAUGACGGGUCGACUGAUCCCUCUCGACAUCUCAGAAGUUUCGAAAACAUGGCAGUAUUGCAUCGAUAUAACGACCCCGUUCAGUGUCGAGCAUUCCUGACGACCCUGCGAGGACCAGCACAGGAUUGGUUUCAUCAAUUGCCCCUAGGGGCCGUCAGGGAUUUCGAUGGGUUUAGCUCGAGUUUCUUAAACCAAUUCGCAAGUGUAAAAGCCCAAGAAAAGUCUUACCUUACGACAACCCAAUAUACUCCCCUGUCGGCCUCGCAUGCAAGGAUAUUGGAGGUGAUAAAGAGAGAGAUCCGUGAUAACGUUGUCAGGUGGCCACGGACGAGAAAAGAUGGGCCGACAAAACCUAAAAGUAACAUGUAUUGUCGAUUUCACAAAGACUACGGCCAUAACACCGAUGAAUGUCGGCACCUAAAAAAUGAAAUCGAGAGACUAAUCAAAGCAGGCCAUCUGAAGGAAUUCGUUUAUAAAGAUCGAGAACGAACCAGUCGGCGAGGAAAGAGAAGCAAAAGCCCUCACAAGAGGGCAAGAACACCCGAUAAAGAGGAGCUUCCCCAGAAAAGAGGAGUAAUUCAUAUGAUAUUCGGGGGGCCAACCGAUGGUGAUUCAAAUCGGGCUAGAAAAGCAUAUGCUCGAGGGCAUCACGGAAAGACCGAAGUGCAACAGGUCGAGGAAGAUGGUCCAGUGAUGAAUUUCGGACCAGCAGACAUGGGAGCGGUCGAGAGACCUCAUAAUGAUGCCUUGAUGAUCACAGCUCAGAUAUCGGGCUAUGAAGUCCAGAGAAUCUUUGUCGACACAGGGAGCUCGGUGAAUGUGAUUUUUUUCGAUUGCCUUAAACGGAUGGAACUCGACAUUGAACUCUCACCUCUCCACACUUCACUUUUUGGAUUUAAUGGCUCGGAAGUCGCACCCCUGGGGGAAACCACUCCCGCGGUCGUCCUCGGGGAAGGCGACUUGAGGAAGGUGAAAAUGGUGCGAUUUGUCGUGGUCGACGUCGAGUCAGCUUAUAAUGUGAUUCUGGGAAGGCCAGCACUCAACACAUUCCAAGAAGUAGUGUCAACCUAUCAUAUGAAGCUAAAAUUCCCCGUCGGGGAUAAGGUAGGGGAGGCCCGAGGGGACCAGAGGUUGUCAAGAACCUGUUAUCAGAUUGCA